AAGUCUCUGACACUUUUUUGGGGCUACCGUCGCAAAAAGAUAUUCAAUCAACCUCCAUACUUGUUCCUUCAAUAUCCCAGCCUCAAACUCUUACAAAGUAUCUCUUCAAUUACAAUACACACAUACAAUAUUCUUUUCAAGUAGGAGGGUUAGGUUAUCUUUAUAGAUAACCUCCCUUCCUUAUCUUGAGGAGGUACAGUAUUGUCCUCAACGACGCGCGGAUUCGGCACCUAUUAAUUAUUAUACCAAUGAAUCGGUAACAAGCAAAUCACAAUCCCUUUAGAGGUGCUUCUUCCAAGUGAACGCAGCAACCAUGGCGGGAGCUGGAGUUUUCGUUUUACUUGCCCUAACGGUCGUUAUGGCAUUGGCAUCCUUUCUUGCUGGCGCACUACCAUUAUCCAUGUCCCUGACGCAGUCACAACUUCGAUUGAUUUCAAGUAUUGGCAUAGGAAUCCUCGUUGGCACGUCGCUAAUCGUAAUCAUACCCGAAGGAGUUGAAGCUAUCACCGAUGCUUCCAUACCUGCACAUUCUCAAAACAAGAGAAACUCAUUUGGCCCAGGACACAUUUCUGCAGUUAGGUGGGCAGAGGGAUCAGAUCCUAACUCGGCAGAGAAUAUAGACUUGACCAAGAUCUCUCCCAAGAUAUUUGGCGAUCAGAAUGCGUUAGAUAUAGCAAGAAAAAAUAGCCCAGCCAACUUCGAUUUCAAUUCCAGGGCGCCAGCAGAGGAACCAGAAACUGCACCAGCCGGCCCAGCUAAGCCCAGCACAGGGAGUCAACACACGGAAUCUGGAGCACCCACCUUCUAUAUUGGAUUUUCUCUAAUCCUUGGUUUUGUGCUUAUGUUCCUAAUCGACCGCCUUCCUCGUCAUGCAUCAGAAAACUUCCAGCCGCCACCACCGCCGAGGCACAUUAGUUUGAGCAAUCUUGGUGCAUCAUCUCUCUCCCGCGACGAAGAAGAGUCUGAAGGCUUUUUGGGUUCCCUAACACCUACCCCGAAGCAGUCGAGGAGCUUGGCGACUACUACAGGCCUGGUAAUACAUGCUGCGGCGGAUGGGAUCGCGAUGGGUGCAUCGGCUACUUCGCCAGACACGAAGCUGGGGUUUAUUGUAUUUAUUGCCAUUAUGGUGCAUAAGGCGCCUGCGGCUUUUGGUCUCACUUCGGUCCUUUUGAAACAGGGUCUUUCUAAGCGUGCGGCCCGAGGACACCUCAUCGUGUUUAGCUUAGCCUCUCCAUUUGGAGCUUGGGCUACCUUCAUCUUGGUCAGUUUCCUAGGUGGAGGUGGGGAAGAUGGCUUGAAUCAAUGGUGGACGGGAAUGUUAUUGCUAUUCUCGGCCGGCACGUUCCUUUAUGUUGCGAUGCAUGCUAUGCAAGAAGGAGACUCUCCUGGCGGCCACGAUGUUGGCUCGAUUUCCAAUGGCUACGGAGACGGUGGCCAGCGAAAACAUACACACCCGCAGAUGCGGGAGACGUUAGCAACGGUAGUUGGCAUGUUUUUACCUCUCCUUACACAAUUUGGUCACCACCACUGAAGGCAUUUACUACCUAAGGCACCUUUUUUUUUACCCUUUUAAAAUUUGCGUUUCUAUCAAGCUAUAGAGGGAGUUAGGAUCUCGAAAAAUGAAUGGCCGACACGUCCAAGUUAAAAUUGAUGACGUGGGUAGCCCAUAUCCCACCUACCUACCUCCUGUCUGGAGUGGGAACAUGUAUUAAAAUCUCAGAACUGGCGUUCAAUCUCAAUAAGGUCUUAUAUGAGGGUUGCAGAAUCCGACGAGCUGGUUGUACAACAUAUACCCAUUGAUUGUAAAUAGACCACUUUGUCGUUUAACCUGAGAUGCACACAAAAGCAGAUUUAUUUUGCUCAUCAUUCAUCAUGAGCAGCCGGUUUACGGGACUGGGCGAUGGGAUUGUAUAAUAUAACAUUUUUACUUGAUAUUUUUCUUGCUGGCAUACGCAAUAGCUGCCCGAAUUUGAAGCCUGGUAGUAUUGUCAUAAUUCGACUUAACAUUGGUGUUAUCAUAAGAAUCUUAGAAGCGCUAUGAGACUAUGCUGGGUAUAAUUUGAUGUUUUCAGUACUUAUCUUAAGCCAUGCAUCUAAAUAAGUUAUCAAUGGUACCUAUUUGAUGAGUUCUUACCCGUCUAAACCACCCAUUAUGUAUGUUACUGAUAAAUGACAAUGGCAACUGGUCUUU